AGCCGCGCCGGCCCCGCCGCACCGGCCGCAGCCCCGCCGAGCCCCGCCGCACCGAGCCGCGCCGGGCGGAGCGGAGCCGCCGCGCCGGGGCCGCCCCGGGCCGGGCCAUGCGCUGAGGCCGCCGCGCCGCCCGCAGCCAAGGGCGGAUCCCGGGCAGGACACGCGAGCGCGGGGCAAGAUGCCGGAGCAGAGCAACGAUUACCGCGUGGUGGUGUUCGGAGCCGGCGGCGUGGGCAAGAGCUCGCUGGUGCUGCGCUUCGUCAAGGGGACCUUCCGCGACACCUACAUCCCCACCAUCGAGGACACCUACCGGCAGGUGAUCAGCUGCGACAAGAGCGUGUGCACCCUGCAGAUCACCGACACCACCGGCAGCCACCAGUUCCCGGCCAUGCAGCGCCUGUCCAUCUCCAAGGGCCAUGCCUUCAUCCUGGUCUUCUCGGUCACCAGCAAGCAGUCGCUGGAGGAGCUGAAGCCCAUCUACCAGCAGAUCGUGCAGAUCAAGGGCAGCGUGGAGAGCAUCCCCAUCAUGCUGGUGGGCAACAAGUGCGACGAGACGCAGCGCGAGGUGGAGAGCAGGGAGGGGGAGGCCAUGGCCAAGGAGUGGAAGUGCGCCUUCAUGGAGACCUCGGCCAAGAUGAACUACAACGUCAAGGAGCUCUUCCAGGAGCUGCUGAACCUGGAGAAGAGGAGGAACGUCAGCCUCACCAUCGACGGGAAGCGCUCCAGCAAGCAGAAGAGGACAGACAAAAUCAAGGGGAAGUGCAGCAUCAUGUAGAGCCCCGGACUGGCCCGCGCCCCCCCUCCGGAUACCCCCACCCCCCUCCUCCCCCCCGCGGCUGGACGUGGCAGUGGCACCGCAGCGGGACCGUCCCCUCGUCCUCCGCGUGCCAUCACUGUGACUGUGCGGGGACGCCAGCGCUCGGCCCGGGGCCGGGGGUGAAGACGGGGCCGAGGUGAGGGACACGCGGCCACCCCCGGGCACGGCAGGACCGGGGACUCGCCGCCGGGACAGCCGGACCACACCCCCGCACUCAGCACAACCGGUGCCACCGGGCCCGGCCCCCGUCGGUCCUCGCGGGAGGGAAGGACGGUGCCGCAUGGGGAUGGCGGUGUCGCCCUCUGGGGACAGUCGCGCCCCCGUCCCCACGCCAUAGUGCUCUGCUCCUGCGGGCAGAGCCCCGGGGCGGGGGCAGCCCCUGCGCGGUGCCCGUGUCCCCCUGCCCGCUGUCCCCAGCCCCCCUGCCCAUCCUGGUGCCAUGACCCCCCCCCCCCCAAACCCCCAGCCCUGUCCCGGUGCCACGGCCCCCCCGGCCCCUCUGCCACCGCAGCCCCCCGAGCCCCCAGCCCGGCACCGUGGUCCCCUCGCCCCCCAGGCCCAUCGUGGUGCCAUGUCCCCCCCCAGCCCCGCGCCGGUGCCGCAGCCGGAGCCGCCAGCCCAAGCACAAAGCAUCGGGUCCGCGGGAGGCCCUGACCCAGCACAAUCCUGGCGAGCUCCGGCGGGAGACCCCCGCCCCCCCCCGCUGCCCCCUCCCCAGCGAUGCCGCGGGCCGGGCGCUGCCGCCGCGCCCCGCCGGUGCCACCCCGUGCUCGGAGUGCCCCCGCGGGGUGGCCUGGCCCCGCACCCCCGGGACCCCCGACGCCCUCCAGCUCCGGCGCAGCCCCCGCUUGUCCCCCCCCCGGCCGGAGCGGGGUCCCCGCGCUGUCACCAGCCCCUCGUCCCCUCGCGGUUUGUCCCCUCGCUCCGGCCCCGCUCCUUCCCCCGCCGCCGCCGGGGUGUCCCCGAGGGCUGUCCCCGAGGGGUGUCCCCGAGGGGGUGUCCCCGGGCAGGCCCCCCGAGCCCCCCGCACCCCCCCGGCUUUUUACACGAGGAUCCGAGCGCCCAGGGGACGAGGUGACGAUGUAGCCUUUAUUCUAGAAAUAGUCUUCCUUCAAUAAAGAGACGAGAAACGCUCCCGC